AUGUCAAAGCUUUCGAGCACGCUGACGAACAUGAAGUUUAUGCAAAGGGCAGCUGCAAGAGAGGAGAAAAUCGAGAAAGUUGAAGAAGAGGUCAAACCUGAUGUCAGUUUAGGUUCAACCUCAACGAUUUCUAGAAGAUGUGUGGUCAUAGUGGAAGGUGAUCCUCAUCCCGGAGCAUUUCAAGGUCGAAUAUCAUUUCAAAGUUUUAAUCCAACUAUUGAUAAAUUAAAUGAGGAAGAAGUAGGACUUAAUCAGCCCGUAGCCAAAACUAGCAUUUCUAAAAAUAAAAAUGCGAAUGUAUCUGUUAGAGAAAAUAACUCUUCAGAAGAAGGUACAGAACAUGCUAACAUGAGUGAAGAGAGUCACGAGGUUAAUGGCAAUGUUAAAAGGAAGCAGUCUGAAGUAAUUAAUGAACCACAUUAUCCUAACAAAUCACCCAAGAACGAUCAAGGAAACAAACAGUCAUCGUCAAGCAAUCGUUUGGGCUCUUUCAAAAAACCAUCUGUAGAUAAGCUAGACUGGAAUGUUCUUAGAUCAUCUGGUGUCAAGCAAAAUAGAUGA